UUUCUACCAACAACAUUAAAUACAUCUGUAAGUACUAUUCUAACAAGAAGUACAACUUUAACUUCUGUUUCAACAACAAGUGCUGUAACUAGAACACUGAUUACAUUCUCUACUUCGAAACCAGUGUCUACCUCUGGCACAUGGACAACAUCAACUACAGCAAUUAGUACGCCUUCCACAACUCCUACAGUUGACUGGGGAACACUGACCACUCAUGAGUGGGGUACUCCAUGCACUCCAUGUGUUUAUGACAAUUUUACAUCCUCACCUUGGACAGGUGGAAUUACGGAUGAGGUGUCAGUACCACAGUAUAACAGCAGUAUUAGUACUCUCUACUCCAGCACUACAAAAUCGCCAUUGACAUCCGUGACAUCUAUUUCUACAAAUGAAAUCAUGUUUUCCUCUACGCCAUUGGUACCAGAGUGCCAAAAUGGAGGAUAUUUCGAUGGCUUUAACUGUAUCUGCAGCGGGAAUUAUGCCGGCCCACAGUGCGAGUAUUUAACAAUCGGAUGUGAAAAUGGGGGAUAUAAAAUAGGAAGUGAGUGCGUCUGCAAUGCAGGAUUUAAUGGACCAACCUGUCAGUAUGCGGACAGUACCCUUUCCGUAGGUUCUGUGGAUGUGAUUAUUAAAAUAAAUGUUCGAAUUAUCAAUAUGGACUAUACUGAUGCACUGAAGGAUGAGAACAGUGUCGAAUACAGAAAUUUUGUCCGUAGAUUUAAUAUUCAGAUGAAAGUGAUUUAUAAGUCAAGCUUGUCAAAAUUAAAAGCAAUUAAAAUCAUUCAGAUCAGGCCGGGGAGCGUUAUAGUUGAUCAUGAAGUGAUUAUGGAAACGGCCUUCGUGCCAAAUAUUACAAAUGUGUACGAUGAGAUUUAUAGCCAAGUGGAAAAUGAACUACGCAGUUCUCAGCCUUCCCUGGAUACCUGUAAUAAUUCAACUUUUCUAUGUUUCGAUCCGGCAGCCACCACUUUUGCAAAAGGGAACUUCCCCACUGUUACAGAGAUGUGCAGUCACAUAGUUUCUGCUGGCUUAACGGAGUAUUAUUUUCCAUAUUACAAUGGAACCACUUUACAAUGUAUCACUAAUUGCACCAUGGGAUUGUCCACUAGCUUUGAUUGCAACUAUGGAGAGUGUCGAGUGCUAGCGAAAUCUGGGCCUCAAUGUCUUUGUACGGACACUAAUGACUUCUGGUACUCUGGGAGAUAUUGUGACACAAGGAUUAGCAGACCUGGAGUGAUUGGAGGAGUUACAGCCACACUCAUUGUCUUAAUCAUCGUAAUAGUCAUUGUGGUCAUAAUUUAUCGCAGACGGAGAGGGGCCUUUGCUUUUAAGAAUAACAUGUCAAAAUAUCUGGAUUCAGAUGGUAUGGAAUCAGAGUGGUCAGUGUCUUCCGAAGACAGUUUCCGAAGUCCAGGUGUAGCAGGAUACAGUGGUUUUAUUUCUGGUAUCUAUCGCCCGAUUACACCAGAUAACUAGAUCUAGAAUCAGUCGGCAUGUCUUCAGAAGGUGCAAAUGAAGGAUGGAUUAUAGCAGCCCAGAAACGUAAUCCCUCACCUCACUCGAUGGGUUUCAAUAUUUGAUUUCUGUAUUUUCCAGAGCACCGUAACUCAAUAAAAAAAAGCUGCAAA